AUGGCUGAAACAGAAGAAUACAACCCACAAAAACCUAUGAAAACAAGCAAACAGCAUAACAUAUUACCAAUAUGGGGUAAUGAGCAAACUAUGAAUCUGAAUCCUUUAAUAUUAGCAAACAUCCAAGGUUCUAGCUACUUCAAAGUGCAUCUGUUCAAACUGAAGACAUAUCAUGAAGUGGUAGACGAGAUCUACUACCAGGUGAAGCAUUUAGAGCCAUGGGAGCGGGGCAGCCGCAAAACUGCGGGACAGACGGGCAUGUGUGGCGGCGUGAGGGGUGUUGGUGCUGGCGGCAUUGUGUCUACAGCCUUCUGUUUGCUGUACAAGUUGUACACACUUCGUCUAACACGUAAGCAAGUCAACGGCCUGCUGCAGCACACUGACUCUCCAUACAUUCGGGCUCUUGGCUUUAUGUACAUCCGCUACACGCAACCACCUGCAGACCUGUUCGACUGGUAUGUGGACUACUUGGACGAUGAGGAAGAAAUAGACCCGCGGGCAGGAGGAGGUGGUCCCACCACCAUCGGGGCGCUGGUUCGGCAGAUGCUUAUAAAACUCGAUUGGUUCAGCACACUGUUCCCAAGAAUUCCCGUCCCAAUUCAGAAACAAAUUGAACAGAAAUUGGCGGAACACAACAGAACUGUGUCGGCGGCCUCAAAACCAGCUGCGAACUUCAGAGGCGGUAGCAGUGCUGGUGCGGCAAGCUAUAGCUCGGGUCGGAUGGAGUCAGAUCGGCGUGAGCACGACGACAGGGACAGACGCGAUUACGGUGACAUGGAUAGAUAUGCGAAAGACAGACCCGCGAAGAGGGAUGAUAAGGAGCGUGAACGCAACAGGGACAGAGAUAGAGACCGACAGAGGGAGAAAGACCGGAGGGAGAGAGACAGAGAUCGCGACCGAGACCGAGACCGAGACCGACGCGAUCGGUAUAGAGACCGCUCUCGAGACCGUCACAGCCAACGGUCACGCUCCAGAGACCGACGCCACAGA